UUCCCUCUGUACACUUUCAAUCACACAUUCCAGUCAAUCUCUUUCUCUCUCUCUCUACCACCAUGCCAAUAUCCUCUAACUCUCUCUCUCUACCCACCAGUUAUUUCCUUUAACCCCCUCAAAUUCACACACAAUUCUUUUUUCUAUUAUAUCAUAUCAUAUCACAAUACACGUCCUGUAACGAGUACCAAUGAUUACACUUCACGAUUUCUACACCGUCAUGGCGGCGAUGGUACCGCUCUACGUCGCCAUGAUCCUCGCGUACGGCAGUGUACGCUGGUGGAAGAUCUUCUCACCUGAUCAAUGCUCGGGAAUCAACCGUUUCGUCGCUAUAUUCGCUGUCCCACUCCUAUCCUUCCAUUUCAUUUCCUUAAAUAAUCCAUACGAAAUGAAUUUCCGUUUCAUCGCGGCGGAUACGCUCCAGAAGAUCAUCAUACUCGUGGUGCUUGGUGUUUGGGCCGGGUUCGGUAAGAACGGGAGCCUCGAGUGGAUGAUCACGAUUUUUUCGGUUUCGACGUUGCCGAAUACGCUGGUGAUGGGGAUCCCGUUGCUGAUUGCUAUGUAUGGGAAUGAUGCUGGGUCUUUGAUGGUUCAAGUGGUGGUGAUGCAGUGUAUCAUUUGGUAUACUUUGUUGUUGUUUUUGUUCGAGUACCGCGGUGCCAAGAUUCUGAUCACCGAACAGUUUCCUGAGACCGCGGCCUCGAUUGUGUCAUUUAAGGUGGAAUCUGAUGUGGUGUCGCUUGAUGGACAUGAUUUUUUGGAAACGGAUGCGGAGAUAGGGGAUGAUGGGAAGCUUCAUGUGACGGUGAGGAAGUCGAAUGUUUCGAGACGGUCGGUCGGGCUGGCCGGAAUGACACCUCGGCCGUCGAAUUUGACGGGGGCGGAGAUCUAUAGUUUGAGUUCGUCGAGAAACCAGACUCCGAGAGGGUCGAAUUUUAAUCACUCGGAUUUUUACUCUAUGAUGGGGUUUCCGGGUGGAAGGUUGUCGAAUUUCGGCCCGGCUGAGGUGUACUCUGUUCAAUCGUCGAGAGGGCCGACGCCUCGACCGUCGAGUUUUGAAGAGAGUACAGCUCCCGGGCCGCUGAAUUCUCCGAGGUAUGGUAACUACCCGGCGCCAAACCCAGAGAUUACGUCAACGGUUAUGAAAACCGCGAAGCAACAAAAUGGCUCACAUAAGGUGAAGAAUGACGAUAAAGAGCUCCACAUGUUCGUAUGGAGCUCUAGCACUUCGCCUGUUUCUGAAGGCGGUGGGAUGCCCGUGUUUGGCGGUACUGAUUUAGAAGCGAGAAGUGAACACUCUGGUCGAGCAGUUCACGACACUGCUAAGGAAAUCCGGAUGGUCGUCUCCUCCGACCAUCCGGAAAGAAAUGGGGCCGGGGAAUUCAAGCGGGAUGAAUUUGGUUCGGGUGGCGGAGACGAAGAGAGGGCGAAAGAGACGAAAGCGGGUUCGAGCUUAACGGCGGAGCUUCGAACUAAGGAUGUCGGAAUUCUGGACGGGGCAGCCGGAAAACAGAUGCCGCCGGCGAGUGUGAUGACCCGGUUGAUACUGAUAAUGGUGUGGAGGAAGCUUAUCCGGAAUCCGAACACGUAUUCGAGUCUCAUUGGUCUAAUUUGGGCUCUUGUUUGCUUCAGGUGGAAUGUAACAAUGCCAAAAAUAGUAGACAAAUCGAUAUCAAUACUCUCGGAUGCCGGUCUUGGAAUGGCCAUGUUUAGCUUAGGACUGUUUAUGGCACUUCAACCGAAGAUAAUAGCAUGCGGGAACAAAGUAGCAGCUUUCUCAAUGGUCGUGAGAUUUUUAAUUGGGCCGGCAGUGAUGGUGAUUGCUUCACUCAUCGUUCGUCUCCGUGGCAACCUCCUUCACAUCGCCAUUGUACAAGCUGCACUUCCACAAGGAAUCGUACCAUUUGUUUUUGCCAAAGAAUACAACGUUCAUCCAGCAAUUCUUAGCACCGGGGUGAUAUUUGGAAUGUUGAUUGCUUUACCAAUAACUCUGGUCUACUACAUUCUUCUUGGUUUGUGAGACAUAGGAUCAACUCGUGAACCAUAUAGAAGAUAACGAAAUCUUGACGAUCGAUUGUCUAAAGUUUAGUCAUCCAACAAGUUCAUUGACAGAGGAUUUACAAAUCGUAGGCGCAUUGAAUAAACAUAAUUCGUAUAAAGACUCCAAAACACUUGGAAGAUGGCAUUUUUGGCUUGAUUUGAUGCACCUCACCUUGAUAUAAGGAUCUUGCUCCCGAAAAAACUACAACCCACAAUUAGAUACUAAAUUUUCAAGAAGCCAAUCAAGAGAUGUAUGCCUUUUGAAGAGGAAAACAAGGAAAGAUGACAAACUUGGUGCACUAAAAAAGAAUAUUUAGUUGUAUAUUAGCAUGUUAGUGUAGUAUAAACAAUGUUGUUUGUUUUUUUAUGUAUUUUUUUAAUGUAAUUACUUUAUGAUCAUUAUGAUUAAAAGACAUGUAACAUGAUAUGUUUAUUGGAAUUUGAUUUGUUUCGUGAAUUGGAGGUAGAAUUUUUGUC